AAGCUCGAUGCAUUAUGUUUUGGUCACGUGCUCCAAAACCUGCGUAAGCUAGCGUAAGCUCUCUCGUACGUUUCAUAAGACUAAAUGAUUCAGCAAAAUUUUAUCUUCAAAAUUGUCAACUAACAGCUGUCACUGAAUCACUUCAGAAGUUUCUAGAUUGUCGUGACAAGCAGUAUAUAACCGGUGUGUGUACGAUCUUUAGCAUACGUUCACUUUUGACGAAGAGAGGGAGAUACUCGCUAAGAACAUCAACUCGACCUAAUUCAAGACAGAGAGAAGUGCAGAGUAACAACAAUCGGUAUUUCACCAUGUCCCUGACAGUGAAAGCGUACCUUGAAAAGCAAGGUCAACAACCAGAGAUUAGACGGUUUACCAUCGACCAAGAUGUAGCCACCAACUUCUCUUACUUUUGUAAGAAAACGGCACAGAUUUUUCCAAGUUUGGCAUCUGAGAAUUUUUCCCUGUAUUGGAAAGAUGUGGAGGGAGACAACAUUGCAUUUUCCAGUGAUGAUGAGCUAACAGAGGCUCUGGGGCAGAUCCAGGGAGAUAUCUUCAAGGUCUACAUUACAGAGACAGGUGCCCCUAAGCAACAGCCACAAGAAGAAGAGGGUUAUGAAAAGGUCCACCAUCCCGGUGUAGUUUGUGAUGGCUGUGAAGGCCAGAUCUAUGGACCCAGAUUUAAGUGUAUGAUCUGCCCAGACUAUGACCUGUGUGGCAACUGUGAGGGCAAGGGCCUCCACACAGAGCAUGACAUGGUGCGCAUUGCUCAGCCAGGAUGCCAUGGACCUUUCAUGGGUGGUUUUUUCCCGCCACCACCACCAUAUAACCAGGGUGGUCGUCAUGGUGGACCUGGCCCAUGGAGAGGUCAUGGUCCCAGGGGCCCUCGUGUGAGCUGUGGGUCAUGUGAAAUGCCCUGGGGUGGGCACAAGGGCAAUGGACCCCCAAAGUGGAUGAAAAAAUGUUUCAAGAAAGCAUGGCUCCACAACAUGAUGAAUCAGCAGCAAAAGCAGCAGGGAGAGGGAGAACAGCAGCAGCAGGAAGAGCCUAAUGGGCAGCCACCCGAGGAGGGUGCUACAGCAGCCGGAAGUGCAGAGGGAGGACAGCAGAAUGCCAACGGUGCUCCAGGAGAUUUUCUGAAGAGUGUUGGAGAAAGUGUGGCUGCCAUGCUGGAUCCUCUUGGCAUAGAUGUAGAAGUUGAUGUGGAGCACAAGGGAAAGCGACAAAGAUGCAGAGAUGGAAACUGGGUGCCUUGGUGGCAACAGUUCGCAAUGUGGGGCGGGGCGCCACCGUAUCAGACCCAAGGUCAGGGUCAAGGUCAGAACCAGGGUCAGAGUCAAGCUUCAACAACAACAAGCAAGGAUCAAGGACCAAAGGAAGGUGAAAAGGCCACAGCAAUGGAGGAAGAUACUGGGGAGCUUACAGAUGCCAGUAAAGCCCCUGUUGUCAGUUCUGCCCCUCCUUUGGAUGAACCUAUGCAGGAUGCUGCACCAGACCAAAAGCAGGGCAGUGAUACAGAGAAUGGAUGGACAGUUAUUGAUGGUCAACCAGGGCCAAGUGGAGCCAAUCAGCAAGGCCAGCAGCCUCUCUAUCCCCAACUCUCACAGACACCACCUCAUCCCAACCUUAAGGUGGCAGAUGCCUUGGUCCAGAUGAAACAGAUGGGGUUCUCAGAUGAUGGCGGCUGGCUCACUCACCUCCUUGAGUCCAAGAAUGGGGACAUUGGGAAAGUCCUGGAUGCAUUGAAACCACAGAAUUAAUUCUGAACAUUUUGAAUUUGAACAUACACUGAUGACUGAAUGUUUAAAGUAACCAGACCUUUAGAUGUGGAAACAGAUGUUGUUUUUAGCACAUAUGAAGUGAUUUCACCGUGAUGGGUAGGCUUCCUGUCACCUUACUGUUGGAAAGUUGACUUGAUUGACGGUGACAUUUCCUUCUUCUUAACAGUCAUGUUUAAAGAGGGAUUCUUGUAACUGUGAAGAUUUCCAACUGAAAUGUGGCAGAAGUCUUCAGUGCAUACCUGAUGUUUCAAACUAGAGUGACAAUUGUGAUGGUUGUGAUUUGUCUCUACUGUUGCAAUUGUGGACAUGCUGAACGUAUUUUUUGGUCUGGUUGGGCAGGCCCAGGGUGGAGUUGGUUCCUUUUUGUUAAGAGAAGUUGCAUUUGUAAUAUCUGGCUGAAUACAGUGGCCAAGUAAACAGCCAGUGUUAUGAGACUUCUGAUUUUACAGGCUUAUGUACUUCUGAACUGAAUAUUUUUUCUGUUGUGUGAAACAGAAUUCUAACACAAUGUAUGGUUUUACCAAUUUUACAGAAUAGAAUAAAACUAAUGGAAAAGAU